UUACAUGAUUGGGCUUUAAGAAUAGGCCCAUGUCUAUUAUAGCAUGGGCUUCAAAACAACAAAAAAAAUAUCUAACAACGUCGAUUAUGGAGCUCCGGCGACAGCAAUAGCCUAAGGCUAAGCUCCUUCUUCAGCAAGGAGAAGUUUGGAUAACUGAGCUUCAAAGUUGCCACUUCUUUGUUCAUCAAUGGAGUUGUUGUUAAGUUUGCCAGUGAAAGCUCAGUUUUUUGGCGCCAAAAUUUGUUACAAUUCCCCAAGCUAUUCAACUUCAGUAAAAUUAUACCAUAAAGUGUCUCGAGCUCAAAUUUCAGCACGUGGAAUUAGGGUUCGUUCUGAAUUUGACCAAAAAAUCAAUGGCGCUUUCUCUCCUGAUUCUGACGCUCGCUUUCUAGACCGGCAAAAAGCAUUGGAAGCUGCAAUGAACGAUAUAAACAGCUCGUUUGGCAAAGGAAGUGUUACUAGAUUGGGUAGUGCUGGCGGAGCUCUGGUUGAAACUUUUCCCAGUGGCUGCUUGACGCUAGACUUUGCUUUAGGUGGUGGCCUUCCCAAAGGCAGAAUUGUUGAGAUAUAUGGGCCCGAAAGUAGUGGAAAGACUACCUUAGCUCUCCAUGCUAUUGCAGAAGUGCAGAAGCUAGGAGGCAAUGCGAUGCUUGUUGAUGCUGAGCAUGCUUUUGAUCCUGCAUACUCCAAAUCACUUGGAGUAGAUGUAGAGAAUUUGAUUGUCUGCCAGCCUGAUAAUGGGGAGAUGGCUCUAGAAAUCGCAGACCGAAUGUGUAGAUCAGGUGCUGUAGAUCUUAUUUGUAUUGAUUCAGUCUCAGCCCUCACUCCACGAGCUGAAAUUGAGGGAGAAAUUGGGAUGCAGCAAAUGGGUUUACAAGCACGCCUGAUGAGUCAAGCUUUACGUAAAAUGUCAGGCAAUGCUUCCAAAGCUGGAUGUACUCUUAUAUUCCUCAAUCAGAUAAGAUACAAGAUUGGUGUUUAUUACGGAAAUCCUGAGGUAACAAGUGGAGGGAUUGCCUUAAAGUUUUUCGCCUCCGUUCGACUUGAGAUCCGUCCUACAGGGAAAAUAAAAUCUGCAAAAGGAGAUGAGGAAGUGGGCCUUAAAGUCCGGGUGAGAGUUCAAAAGAGUAAGGUUUCUAGACCAUACAAGCAAGCAGAGUUUGAAAUUAUCUUUGGAGAAGGAGUGAGCAAGCUGGGUUGCGUAUUAGAUUGUGCUGAACUGAUUGAAGUGGUGUCUAAGAAGGGUUCAUGGUAUAACUAUGGAGAGCAUAGGCUGGGACAGGGACGAGAGAAAGCACUGCAAUAUUUGAGAGAAAAUCCUCUUAUCUCUGAAGAAAUAGAAAAGAUGGUUAGGUCAUCCGUGCUAGAGGCAGCGGGGUUUGGAGGCUCCUCUUCAUUGAAACAUCAACUGCCACAGCUUCUGGAGGAAGAUGCACUUCAAGAGAUGCAAUAACAUGAAUCAGAUUUCUGCUUUUACUGAUUAUGACUACAGAGCAUUUCACAACCAACAUUGACAUCCAUCUGAUUCUCUACAUAAGACAUGAACAAAAUUGAAAGUAUCGUUACGAGAUUGCUUUGUAUGAGACCAUUACUGUACUCUAUAGAGUGUUGAAGAAAGAUGUAUAUUCUUGUACAUUAAUACAUCUUGGCUGCAGGGGUGGCUCAAGAAAAAUGAAGUUUUUUGCUUGUAUCAUUGAAUUCAUCGACAUUUGCCUUGAAAGUAAAUAUCUCAGUGUUGCAUUGA